CCUGGAUUGAAGUGUAUUUUGGAGGAAUUUUCAAGGUACUCAGUUCGCAGCUUACCUAUCUCUCCAAGUUCCUUUGCUGGUUUCCAUUUCGAGUAAAAGCAAAUAGUAGCUGAUUUGGGCCACUCUGUUCGACUGAGCGUGACAAUGGCUAGAGGACGACCCAGAAAGAGGGAUUCCCGCAUGGAUGCAGCCGUUGAUGCUAUGACCCGUGAAAUGGGUUUUGACGAGAGACUAGUUCGUGCCACAGUAAAAGAGCUACUGAAGGUUUAUGGAGUGCGAGGAUCUCCAGAGCAAGGAUGGCCCUUUAUCGAAGAGUUUUCUUAUAAACUCCUAAUUGAGCAGCUUCUUGAAAAACAACAAGAUGGUGCUGAAAAUAGGGAUGCUGCUCCACAAGCCGAUGCAGCUCCACCAGACGAUGCUGUUCCACCAGACGAUGCUGCUCCACUAGAUGAUGCAGCUCCAUCAGAUGAUGCUGCUCCGUAUGAUGAUGCUGCUUCGCAUGUUGAUGCUGCUUCGCAUGUUGAUGCUGCUUCGCAUGUUGAUGCUGCUCCGCAUGAUGAUGCUGCUUCGCAUGUUGAUGCUGCUCCGCAUGAUGAGCAUGAUGAUGCAUCAGCAGCAGUAGGGCCCUCAAGCAUUGUUAUUCUACCUACCUUCUCAGGGGCUGUGGACAGCAAAUUGCAGACUGAGGAUGCUUGUGACUGUACAUCACAGACUAAUGGACUUAUUCAUGCAUCACUGAUUAAGAUUACAGGUGCCAAGGAGUGUCUCCCAGUAGAUACUCUUGCACUGCGGAGGUGUAAACCUUGCUAUGGCUGGGCUUUUAGCAAUGAUGGGGAAGGUCCUGUGGAACUACAAUCGGGUCCAUUGGCAGAGUCAGGUAAAUUACUUAUCAGGCCAGCUGAGAAGAGGAAGCGCAAGUCAGGGUGGGAUGUGAGACCUGAAGAUGUGCAAAGCUCUUUCGCUUUGAUGUCGUAGUUAUAAUAUGUAUAAAUAGGAGUCUCGUCUAGAAAUCACAUAUUUUGGUGACACUGAUACUAGAUUAUUCAAAUAUGGUGUUGUGGCAGUCAUGGAUAUCAUGCCGAUAUUCGAUGCUAACCAGUGCAACUCUAGAGAAGAGAAUGCACAUUUUGGAAAGCCAUUGGAACCCAAAUUACAUUCACAAGAAGAUAGUGAAAGAUUGUGGGUGCUUUUGUCAAUCAGUGCUUAUGUAAAUGAUCUGAUUGGUGC